UCAGCGCCUUCCUUUGUCCCCUCUCUCUCUCUCUCUUUCCACUUUCUUUCUCUUUCUCUCUCUAGAAAACCAAAGCAGAGCAGAAUCAGAGAGAAUGGCGGAUGAUAACUGGGAUCUACAUGCGGUGGUGCGAGGCUGCGCCACCACUUCCUCCACCACCACCACUUCAGAUUCUUAUACUCCAUCAAUAUUUCAAGCACUAGAUGAUCAUAGAUUCCGAUUCUUUGCAGAUCCAUUUGAAGAAGCAAAGACUAGUAGUGUUGAAGACUUGAAUGAUCUUUUUAAACCCUUCUUCCCCAAAAUAUCAUUACAAAAACAACAACCUCCUCAAAUUAAACCCUUCUCUUCACCACCCUUGUCUGUUCUUCAUGGAUUUCAAGAUCUAUCGUCGCCGCUGCUACCACCACCACCACCACAACAAAGGCAACAUCAUCAAAGCCAACAUCAAAAGCAAUCUGCUUCUACUCAUACCACUAGUUCAAGGUCCAGAAAAAGGAAAAACCAGAUGAAGAGGGUUUGUGAAGUACCAGCUGAGGGUUUGUCUUCUGACACAUGGUCUUGGAGAAAAUAUGGCCAAAAACCCAUCAAAGGCUCUCCCUACCCAAGAGGCUAUUACAGAUGUAGCACUUCAAAGGGUUGUUUGGCCCGAAAACAAGUGGAGCGAAGCAGAUCCGACCCGGGAACCUUCAUCGUCACCUACACGGCGGAGCACAACCACCCUAUGCCCACCCACCGGAAUUCUCUCGCCGGAACCACCCGCCAGAAGACCACCGCAGGAGGCGGCUCCGGCGAAACCCACCAACCCACUUGCUCGUCUCCGGUGUCGCCGGCGAGUGUAUCUCCGGCGACUGAAAAGAUGGUGGAGGAUGAAGAUGAUGAUGAGUUUGAUGUCUCUGAUACGGUGGUUGGUGAUGAUUUCUUUGAGGGUUUGGAGGAACUCACCGAAACAUUUGCCGGAGAUCGGUUCUCUGACCAGUUUCCGGGGAGUUUGGCGUAUCCUUGGGUGGCUAAAAAUGCUACAACAACCGCCGGCGGCGAUGGCUGACUCGCUGGAAAAGUGAUUCUCUGACAUGGGUAUAUGGUGGAUGCUUUUUUAACCGUUGACUUUUAAUGAGAGUUUUUUUUUUUUUUUACCAAAUUCAUUAUUUUGAAACAAAAUUUCAAGGCCCAAAGUUGUUUUGAAUUUAAAAUUCAAAUCCGGGUUAUUUUAAAGAUUUUUUUAAAAUUGUGCUUUGUUUAAACUUUUUGGAACAUGGUUUGAAAAUUUUUUAGAAUAAAUUAUUUUGUGAUUCAGUUCGGGUGUUUGAAGUGAAGGUGCAAGGUGCACGUGACAUCAGCAUUUUAUAUAAAUUUGGUGAUUUAGAUUUUGUCUAUAUAGAAAUUUAAUAUUAGAUUCAGGGUAAAAAUUUUGAAUUGAAUUAAAUGGUUUCAUAAAUAGACAAAAUUUAAAUUUUAAUUUAUGAAAAAUAUGAUGAUGUUACUCAUACGAUUUUUCGCUAAGCCAACCAAACCUGAGAUAUAGAGAAGUCGUUUUCUUUAAAAUCAACUUGAAUUUUCGAAAUAAAUUUAAAACAAAUUGUUGUAUUUGAGAAUUUUGUUUAAAAAAAGGCAUGAGUUUGGUAAAUAACUUGAAGUUUUCUAGUGGCAAAGAAUCUUUCCAAUUACAAUUGCAAUUUGCAAGUGUGAGGUAAAAUUCCCUAUUCCAUUGUAGCGAGGCUUGUAGAGGCAAAAAGGAGUUUAUUCCAUGUUUCUAGGUGCAUUUUAUAAUAAUGAUUUAUAUGAGUUUAAUAAUUCUUCACAAUCA